CCCGUGAUGACCCGCGGCCCGGGCAGUGCUAACGUGUUGAAGCCGAGGGAGCGUGCGGGCGGUGCUAGUGGCGGGAAGAGUAAAGAUGGCGGUGUGGAGGUCUCCGCCUUCUGCUCCUGGCUGAAGCGCUCUGAGAGAGGCGGCAGCGGCAACCCAAGUCGCACCAGCAGUCUAGUAAUAGUAGUUUCAGCAGCAGCUUCAGGGGACCAGAACCAUGGCGGAGCUGGAGCACCUGGGCGGAAAGCGGGCAGAGUCCGCGCGAAUGCGGCGGGCUGAGCAGCUGCGGCGCUGGCGGGGCUCGCUGACGGAGCAGGAGCCCGCAGAGCGACGAGGCGCCGGGCGACAGACGCAGACGCGCGGGAGUCCCAGGGUCCGCUUCGAGGACGGCGCUGUCUUUCUGGCCGCCUGUUCCAGCGGAGACACCGAAGAGGUAAAAAAGCUUCUGGCCAGAGGGGCCGACAUCAACACAGUCAACGUGGACGGCUUGACAGCCCUGCACCAGGCCUGUAUUGAUGAAAAUUUGGACAUGGUGAAGUUUUUGGUGGAGAACAGAGCCAAUGUAAACCAGCAAGACAAUGAGGGCUGGACACCUCUUCAUGCGGCAGCUUCCUGUGGCUAUCUCAACAUAGCAGAGUACUUCAUUAACCAUGGAGCAAGUGUGGGUAUGGUGAACAGUGAAGGUGAGGUCCCAUCUGACCUUGCAGAAGAGCCAGCUAUGAAGGAUCUUCUUCUGGAGCAAGUGAAGAAGCAAGGAGUUGAUCUAGAGCAGUCAAGAAAGGAAGAAGAGCAGCAGAUGUUACAGGAUGCCCGCCAGUGGCUCAACAGUGGGAAAAUAGAAGAUGUGAGGCAGGCUCGCUCAGGGGCCACAGCCCUCCAUGUGGCUGCUGCCAAGGGCUACUCUGAAGUCCUCAGACUUUUAAUUCAGGCUGGCUAUGAACUCAAUGUUCAGGAUCAUGACGGCUGGACUCCCCUCCAUGCUGCUGCGCACUGGGGAGUGAAGGAGGCUUGCUCCAUCCUGGCAGAAGCGCUCUGUGACAUGGAUAUCUGCAACAAACUGGGCCAGACGCCAUUUGAUGUGGCUGAUGAGAGUCUUGUGGAACACUUGGAGAUGCUUCAGAAGAAGCAGAAUGUGCUUCGAAGUGAAAAGGAAACACAGAAUAAACUCAUUGAAUCAGACCUGAACAGCAAGUUGCAGAGUGGACUCUUUAAGAACAAAGAGAAGAUGCUGUAUGAGGAAGAGACACUCAAAUCCCAAGAAAUGGAGGAAGAAAACAAAGACUCCAGUAGCUCCAGUUCAGAGGAAGAGGAAGGUGAAGAUGAAGUUUCUGAGUCAGAAACUGAGAAGGAGGCAGAUAAAAAGCCUGAAGCCAUUGUCAAUCAUUCCAAUUCUGAAAGCAAGAGUAGUAGCACAGAGCAGAUAUCAGCGCCAGCUCAGAAUACCUUCUCUGCCUCUUCUGCUAGGAGAUUCUCCUCCAGCCUUUUUAACAAGCCAGAAGAGGCCAAAGAUGAAUCUCCUUCUUCAUGGAGAUUGGGUCUCAGAAAAACUGGCAGCCACAACAUGCUGAGUGAAGUGGCCAAUUCCAGGGAUGCUUUAAGGGACCGAAGCACCUCCAUCUACCGCUCCUCUUCAAGCCCUCGGAUCUCUGCUCUACUGGACAACAAAGAUAAGGAAAGAGAAAAUAAGAGCUAUUUUAGUUCACUAGCUCCCCGGCGGCUCAGUAGCACAAGUGACAUUGAAGAAAAGGAGAACAGAGAGUCAGCUGUGAAUCUGGUGAGGAGUGGCUCUUACACCCGGCAGCUGUGGAGGGAUGAAACAAAGGGAGGUGAAGCCCCACAGACAGCGGCUCCUUCCACUUAUGUGUCAACCUACUUGAAAAGUGCUUCAUUUGGUAGAAGUAGUGACCCCUCAAGUCCCUACAUUUCAGCCAAUCGCAAUUCAUCUCCUGCUACCUCACCCAUUACCAUUGGUUCAUCUACCUCUCGGUGCAGCCAGUGGCAACCUGCCUCUUCUUGCUCUGCACCAAUCAGUGCAAACACUACUGCAUCAGUACAACAUGGCAGGACUCCUUACAAAUCACAGGCUGACUCAACAGCAGAGAAAACAGCAGAUAGUGUCUCCUCAAGUACCCCACUUUGCGUGAUCACCAAUCGUCCUCCACCUAGCACUGCCAAUGGGAUCACAAGUGUCACAGUGUCCUCCUCUACUGCAGCAGACUCCUCUGUGGAAGCCAGGGAGAAGAGGAGGUCCUAUCUGACCCCCGUACGGGAUGAGGAAGCUGAGUCUUUACGGAAAGCGCGCUCCAGACAAGCUCGGCAGACUCGGAGGUCCACUCAAGGUGUUACCCUAACAGACCUUCAAGAAGCUGAAAAGACUUUUAGCCGUUCGAGGGCAGAGCGCCAAGCUCAAGAGCAGCCUAGUGAGAAGCCUGCCAGUACUGCAGGGCUGGAAGGGAACACUGAGAAGCAGGACCCCUCAACAGAACUGGCAAAGGAGGCUGGGCAGAACCAACAACCUUGGGGCAGGAGUCUGGAUGAAGAGCCUGUCUAUCGUCGCCUGAGGUGUCCAAAUCAGCCAGAAAAAGCAACAACCCCAAUAUCUCCUUCUGUAUCAAGACCCUCAGUCUACACCAGUUCCCAUCUGCUGCGGACAAGUAGAUCUUCAGUCCCUGAUUCUGAGAGUUCAGAGACUGCCACAAACACCGUAACUGCAAAGGAAAUGGACAAGAAUGAGAGUGAAGAAGCAGAUUUGGACAAUCAGUCCUCUACUCGGCUGUCCAUCCGAGAGAGGAGGCGGCCCAGGGAACGUCGAAGAGGCACGGGCAUCAACUUCUGGACAAAGGAUGAGGAUGAAGCUGGUGAUUCUGAAGAGGUCAAAGAAACACGACAUGAAAGACUUUCUAGGUUGGAAUCGGGAGGUAGUAACCCUGCAACCAGUGAUUCUUACAGUGACCGGCCCUCAGCUAGAGCCCGUCGGGAGGCCCGGGAGGCUCGUCUAGCCAGCCUGACCAGCCGUGUGGAAGAGGACAGCAACAGGGAUUAUAAAAAACUGUAUGAGAGUGCCCUGACUGAAAACCAAAAAUUGAAAACAAAGCUUCAGGAGGCCCAGCUAGAGCUCGCAGAUGUAAAGUCCAAGCUUGAGAAGAUGGCCCAGCAGAAACAGGAGAAGACCUCUGAUCGAUCAUCAAUGCUGGAGAUGGAGAAACGGGAGAGGCGAGCCUUGGAACGGAAAAUGUCGGAAAUGGAGGAAGAGAUGAAGGUGUUAACAGAACUGAAGUCCGACAAUCAGAGGCUGAAAGAUGAAAACGGUGCCCUCAUCAGAGUCAUCAGCAAACUGUCCAAGUAGACCAGGUUCCACAUGUAGGAGUGGGGAGAAGCAUUUGCUGCCCUACUCUUUUUAUCCAGCCAUUGCCUUCCAGCCAAAAGAAUUGAAUGUUUUGGUGGAAGGACAACUCCUCCUGACCCUCUUCAGUCACCUCUGCACAUUUUCUCUGUACCUUGAAUGCCCAGUUCCUCCCACACCCCCAUCCUGAGUUUUAUGACAGUUUUAAUUAAAGCAUGAUUGUGAUCGUCCACGCCAGCUGGAGAAGCCUUGUGGAGCACACCAAGCUCAGCCAUGGACCCCAACUUCUGCUGCUCUGCUGCUUUGUCCAUAUUGGAUUGGGUUCAAACCAAAAGGCUUCUGCCCACAGCCUUUACGUUGACCCAGCGUCCUCUGAUAUAGGUGAGUCUUGUGCUGGCAACUCCAAGAUCCUGUCUGGGAUGUGAAGAGAAAUGGCAGGAUAGGGAAUGAAUCACCAGACACUCUGGAGCUACGUUUCUUUAGAGUCCAAGGCAACCAUGACUGUGCAUCAAGGCUCUCUGUCCUGUACCUCUCAGGAACUGACUCAUUUUUAUUUCUUCUAACGGUAACCUAGUACCAUCCCUGACUAGUCUGAACCCUUUUUUUCUUUCAUGCCUAGCCCAUUCUCCAGGGCUCACAUGACCCUGGCCUCACUCCUUUUCUUUCUAUCCUUCCAUUCUCCCCCCACACCACCUCCUCACCUGAUUGUAUAAAAGCUGGCACAGAGCACCUGACCUCAGUUGUCCUCAGCCAUUAUAGAAAACCUGGGGACUAGAAAAUCAUCACGCUGGUGCCUUGGUGGCAGCAUUGUGAAACCUGUCCCUGCGAAGCGAGGCCACAGCAUGAAUGUCAGCCUACUGUUUCCAUCUCCCACUUGUCUUCUCCCUGCAAGAUGAUUUUUUUGUACUGGAAAAUCUGGGCUGUGGAUACCCCAUUCUGCCAUGCUCCCUUUGACCUUGUUUCCUCUCUUUGCUCUGGCACCUGCUUCUACUGAGAAAUGCAGUCACUGCAAGGAGAUUGGAGAGGUGGGGAGGGCAGCUUAUUGGGAGCUGGGCUAGAGAGUGGAAGCAGGGAGGAAAGACAUAGAUGGUGAAAGUAGAGGCUCUGAGGACACUCGCAGUAUUAUGACAAAGAUUGUUAGCCCAUGGUGCUCCUGAGAAUGGCGGUAAAUUUGAUCAUUUCUGGUGGUUAGAUUUAGGGGAGAGACGUUUGCUUUCUUGAAACUAACAGGAAGAAAUGACUGCUUGAAAGAGGUUUAAAGGGAUAAGGUACUUCCAGCCCAAGAGAGUCAUGGAAUUUUAUUUAGGGUGGCAAGGCUCAGCAGAUGCUUGAUCCAGCUUUCCAGUCACAGCUUUGACCACUGUCAGGUACCUGUGGUGGCUGUGCGUUUAUUACUCAGAGCCUAGGCAAGUCUAAUAAUCAGAGAGUUUCUGCUAAUAGGAGCCAAAUUUGGCCUGUGAAUUCUCUGCGUAGGCUACAUCUACCCUUUGUAACUCUUUAACAUGACAUCCUUCCGAUACAUGUGGUUGGUGCUCUCCCCUUAAUCUUGAAGCUCAUGUUUUACACAGUCCUUACAGUCACUGCUUAUGUGACAUGCUUUCCAUGCCUGUCACGUCUUGGCCAUCCUGCUCUGGACCCAAACAGCCUUUUAAAAGUAUCAUGCCCAGACCAUAACAGAGGUCAUUAUAACUCCAGCCCACAGCUAAACCAUUAGUUUCCAGUGAUGAUCUUAUAUUAAUGUAGAGUAUGUCUUUUGUAGGAAUUGUAUCCCGUGGUUCAUUUUGAGCGUGCAGUCAUUUAAGGCCCUGUCAUUUUAGUGACAGUGGAGAGAGUAGUCUGUUCCCUUAACAUACCUUACCUGUUAGUUGCUUUCCUGAAAACAGCAGUGUCGUUCUCCAUGACUGUUGGAAGCAUCCAGCGCCCUUUACAGAGAAGGUAUCAUUUGGGAUCCCAGCUCCAGAAUAGGAAGCACAUCUCAUCUGACAGAAACCCAGCUUUAGAGUAUCCAGGUUCUCUCUGCCAUUGCCACCCAUUCUUCAGGAGAAGGUGCUCCUACCUUGGGACUUUGUAUUAUCUCAGCAGAAUUAGGGCAGGAAGUUCUGUAUCUUCCACUAUAAGCAUUCCUUUCCCUCUCUGUAAAGAAGUCAAAAGGGCAUUGGCUACGUGAUUCUUUUGGCAUAUCUUGGAUGUUGGUAAAGAGAAGAUUACUGUCUCUUUCACAGGAAAAGAAAAUUGGAUUAUGAGGAAAACAUUUUGAGUCUCUUCCAUUCUGUAGACCAGGUAAAGGAGUUACAAAGAGUCCUUCAGAUCCCUUUGUGCCUUUCAAAGUGCGGGAGGCAGGUUUCCAAAACUCUUGGGUUGGCAUGACAGCCCUGCUGGCCUAGAUGGCCUUUCAUGGUAAAGAUGCUUCCUGCCAAGAAAUUUUCCAUGUAACAAGAGAUUUUUGGGCUGGGGUUAUAGCUCAGUGGCGUGAGUGCCUGUCUAACAUACAGAAGGUCCUGAGUUUGAUUCCCAGUACCAAAAAAAAAAAAAAAAAAAAAAAGAUUUUCAAGCUUUUCAACCUCAGGAAUACUAGCUUCUAUGGCCAAGAACUCAAAGUUUAACCAUCCUAUGUAAUUUCAGUCACCUUCUCUUAUGCCAUUAAUUUUAUUAGCUAACAUUCUGAAUUCUGGUCUCUUCAGACUAAACACCAUUUCUUUACAACUGUGUUGCCUAGAAGCUCCACAAGGUAGUGGUUAGAGGCCUCCAGCAGCCAGCUGUUUCUCCAGUGCUUGCAUCCCCAGCCUUCUGUUCUUCUGCUUCUUGGCCAGUAACCUGCUUGGUCUCUUCAAUGGCCACUGACCUCCCAUCUGGUUUAGGUGCUCUCGAGCACCCUGCAGCUCAAACCCAGGGAGAGCUGCAGGCUGGCCAGCAGAGUGGGCAUGGCUCUGUCACUUCAGAAUCUUCACAGGAGGGGCUGGGGAUUUAGCUCAGCGGCAAAGCGCCUGCCUGGCAAGCGCAAGGUCGUGAGUUCGGUUCCCGGUACCGGAGAAAAACAACAACAACAACAACAAAAAAAAAAAAACAGAAUCUUCACAGGAAAUACCAAAAUAGAGAAGACAGUGUUCUACAGCUUCACACCCUGUUCCCAUUGCCACACCUCUGGGAGCAAUGAUUGGGCCAUUCCAGAUUCUCUGGCUGGGGUGUGCCUUCCAGGGACUGCUAAUCCUUCCAAACAGCUCCAGGGUACGAUGACCCAGCCCCAUCCCUGACUCAAGUGUAAGAGUUAGGCCCAUCUAGGGGGCCACCACCAGAGAAGCUGAAGCGCUGGGAUCCUGUGAGCCCCUGGGUGCACUCAGGUCCCUGGGCUGGUUACCAGCAUGUUUCCUAGACCCACCCUGUCUCCAUCCAGCUGUGGAAUUUGCCCUGGUUUCUCUCCCACCCCACCCACAGAGACCUAGAUAUAUUUGUUGCUCUCUGAGGCCACAGGUGGGCUUCAUAUCUGUUUGGAUGAUCCCGUUCUCCCUGUCCCAAACAAAACAUGGACCUAUUUAACAGUGCACUCAGAAAGCAGGGAGGCUAAAAUGCCACUUCAUAGCCUGUGGUCUCACAAAAGCAUGUAUACUGCUGACCAUUUCUCCACCAGGAAUGUUUAACUGAGCCAUAGAUGAGGGAAGAGAAACUGUCACAGCCAUGCACUGUGCUAGCUCUCUUAAUUUCUGGCCUCUCGCAGCCGGCUCAAGCCACAGACACUGUCUCUUUCUGGCGGACCUGUGGCCACCUUCCCGGCAGUGUGGACACUCAUUAGCAUGCGGCCAUGCGAAGUGUCACCAGCUGUUCUGCUUGUGGCCUGCUUUGCCCCUUAAGCAGGAGAGCGUAAGAGUCCAUCAGGGAAGAAGGAAGUCGCUGGUCCACCCCACCACGUGAGCCACUGGGUGCACUGGAGCUGUGGGAGCCUUCCCUCCCGACUGUCACAGGGCUCAUCGCACCCCAUCGUUUAUACCCACACUGUACUUACCUCAAUACAUUUAUCAGUCAGAGGCAGUCCCUGCCCAAUGCAGGGCCGGUUGUACCUACAGAUUUCAUGCACCAUUCUGAUUUUUAAGGUAGGCUUGUGCUCUCAAAGUAUGAGUUCCUCUGGGCCCACCAAGCCCGGCAGCUCUGGGCACAGAGUAAGGCAUUGUGAGAGAAUAAGCCCCAGGGAGUGACUGCCUGUGUCCCAGGGCCAGCUCUUCCACUAGCCGUGUGACCUUGGGCAAGGUAAUCUUUAAAAUCCCUUCUGGCUUAAAAGUCUAUGAUUUAUUCAUUCUUAGGAAGAUCAGAGCAUUUCUUAAACUUGAAAUUAUUGAAGCAGAAAUUUCUUUUAACUUCAAAAGUUCAAGACCAGAAAUUCUUGUUUUUUUCUGGAUUCAAACUGUGUAACAUCAGCAUGUCAAGGUUGACUUCUCAUUCUUCUUGGAAAGUGAGUUUGAUAUUGAGGGUAAUUGAAUGGUCUUGCAAUUGCUUUCCCUCAUAAUGGUGUGGUAAGAAUAUUAAAACCUGCAGAGGUAGAAAUUGGAGUGUGUGGGGAAAUGGAUAGAAAGCAAUUUGUUGCCGGCAGCCUUUGGACAAAUUGUUUUAAUAGGAAAUAGAGCUGCUGCUUCAUUGGUUUCCUCAGCCACUUUUCCUCAGCCUGCUCAGACGUAAGCUACUGUGGCUCUUUUUUUUUUUUUUUUGCUACUGUGGCUCUUGACACCCAGGCAGCAGGCUGCAUUGCACUUCUGCUUACCACCAGCUGGUUCCCAGCCUUGAACUCUGCCUUGCAACAGUAAGAGAAUUUUCCUCUGUAAAAGCUUCGGCGUUUAGUUCCAUAGAACUCCUCCUCUGGAUUCUGAGCUAUCAGAAGUAGGAGGCUCUGAUGCUGUUCAAGACAGUCUUUUCUUUAAAGCAGGUCUUCAGAGGAGACUUCCAAAGCAGUAAGCAUUUAAGGCCACCCAGCCACACUGCACAGAGCAGCACCCAGCUCUCACAAGCCUACAGGUCUGCAUGUGAGCACAGCGGAGGGGCAGGGGCCUCGGACCUAGAGGUGGCUAUGUGCUGUGGUGUGUAAAAGGCAGCCAGUCCCAGGCUUUGAACGUGGAGCAGGAUGGAGGCCACGGCAGGAAGAGGCAAAGCACAUGGAAAUGAGUGUGUCUCACAAGUGACUUCAUCCCUCAGCCUCCAGCUGAGCGGAGAUUUUAAUCAACUUCCUAAUAGGUAUUGACACUUCUCAGGAGCCGUAGACCCUAUCAGGGACAGCUAUUGAUCUCUUGUGUUCUGAUUAGAUUGAGGAAAAUAGAUCAACUUCAUUACAGCUCAGGAACUAUCAUUGUCACAGCCACUAAGGGAUGAGGUGGUCUCUGAGAGCUGAGGAAAACAAGCAGAGAAUUGGCCAGCCAGGCAGCAACCAGAUGGUGAGAGAAGAUGCAUUUGCUUGUCCUUGGGAACUGUGGCUGAGGGUCAGAGUUGAACUGGGGCAUAGCUUGCAACUGGAGUCUGGAGGCCCUACUGGGGCAGAGUGUCAGGAGGAGGCGGGGCCGUCUGAAGACCACAGUGCUGACAGAGGCAGUGAGGCUCACUCUUCCCAUCUGUGCACGUCUGUGCACUUGUGCUGGCCUGGAGCUGUCAGAGUGCAGUGUGGUAUAUUCUUGGUCAGAAAUGAGAACUCAGAAACUAAUUUUACCUAAGUCCAUUCUAUCAAUUGCUAUCUUUUGCUUACCACCCCCUUCCAAGACUCCUGUGCUAUUCUUCUUAUCUGCUUAUCAUUUCAGACUGUGAAACUGUCAGAGUGAUAGUUUUUUCUCCUCCAAAUUUUCCCCUCAUGCUUCCAAUAAAAUUUUACUUGGGUGGCCCCUUAAGGUGACAUCAGGAUGCUCUCAUAUCCUUCCAAAAUAAGCAUACUGUGCUCUCUUUCCCUCUCAUCUCCCUCCACAUUCUUUAGUCCUUGCUUUCCUCACUUGGACCCUGUGGUGCUUUACAGAAAGUUUUCCAUGAAUCAGCCAAGAAUCCAGGAGGAGUUUAUACACCAACAGCCACCCCCGUCCCAUCCCUUCCAAUUCAAAGCUCCCUGCUGUGCUAAUGCCUCUCAGAGAUGAGGGGUGACUCUUAGGCUUUGCAGGCCUAGGGCCGCUGAGACCGUGGGCAGCUCUGUCUGGUUUAUGCCAUCUUUGUCCUGAGAGGUGUAACUGGUCCCAGCUUAAGGCAGCAGUGUGUCUUCUUGGCACAAGCUGGAUCCGUGUGUUGAUGCAUCUGUGACGGCAGCUCAGCCCAUUCCUCCCUGGCAGGCGGAGGAGUCGGAAGAGGCGCACACCUGCGGGGAGCCUCCAGAGAGGCUCUGACAUGCUCCCAAGACCAGCACUGGCAUCAGAAUACAGAUCCCAAACAGGGACACAUGAGUGCCAGCUCGAGCUCAACCCUAACUGACAUCUCUGCCCUUGCUAUUCUCCCACUCGCCUGAGACCUCAAACAGCUUUCAAACUGUCCUCUGGUACAGAGAGGCCAAGUAAGAGAGUUUGGAGGGAAGACGACUCCGGGAGGCAGGCUGCAGGGCAGAAGAGGCUUCUGGAGGAUGCAGCCAUCUAGCUCACAUCGGUGAGCCCUUGGAGGGUUUGGUUGCCACCGGGCUGGCACCUCAAGGAGGGUCAGGACCUCCCAGAAGAGAGAAGGAAUAGGUUUUGCCCUUGCAUCCCUCUCUUGGGAAAAGAUACAGCCUAUUCUCAAGGGAAUGGUUCAGACUCAGGCUUUUGGCCUUAUGGUUCCACCCCCCCUUCGUUCUUGCCUCUGCCCUGACCUUGAUCAAACAGAGGUGAAAGAGCAGAAAAGAACCACCCUGGGGUCUCCACACCUCUCCUGUUUUUAGUGGUAGCAUUUGUCCUUAUCCACCUUCUCACCUGACUUCCACCAUAGUUAAAGCACCGGAUGUAACUUUUCAGCUGAGUUGUAUGGGUUUAACCAGUCCAUUGUAAAUAUACCUGGAGUAUUGAGGGAGGGGAAGCCAGCUUGCUUUGUGAACUGAAUGUAUUUUUAUGCAAUUUUGAGUGGCCUUUCAACCCUGAGAUGGAUGAUUUUGUUUUACUGGUGGUUAUUCUAUAGUUACUAAGUAUUUUGUGUUUGAAAGUUUGGGAAAAAUAAUAUUCACAUCUAUAUGAUGCCUGUAAACACAACAGUAUUUAUAAAUCAGUAAAACUGUUUUAACUUUG